AUCCAUUCUCUCUGUGCCUGAUACAAUUUCGAUGAUCGAUCACUCCUCGCGGUGGUUCUAUCUUAUAAUAUUGAUAGGAUUAUAGAACCAUCAUCGUUUUGACGAUGGAUGAUGGAUCGACGAUGGAUCGCCAUGUUUAAUCCAUUUGCUUUAUUGCGUUUAUCUUGUAAAUUGUAUACAAGGUAUCGACAUCCCCCUCCGAUAAAUAUAAUUAUUUUUCGUAUAAUAGAAAAUAUAUUAUCGUAGAAUGCGUCCACCGCCAUUGGAAAGAGAAGAAGGGAUCGACAAAUUACGAUAAGAGAGUAGAAGACUCUCGGCCGACGCGUCGUCGACUCGUACUACUUACGAUCUGCCCCCUCUCCCUCUCUCCAUACCUAGUAGUGUACGCGUAGAAAGAAGAAGACCGAGGGUGAGGCGUCUGCAAACAUAUUUCCAUACCCAUCUAAUCCACUGCCACUGGUCACUUCGAUUUCAGAUUUCAAAAGAUUCGCAUCACCUAUUCAAUUCGCCUCGUUCGAUCGACAUUCGACGUUUUCGAAAAAUUUUUUCUUUUAUCGAGUGCAGUAUCGUGCGUAUACAAUUCGAGAUGGCUUCGACCGAAUUCGAGCCGAAAGUUACGAUCGACGAGGCAUCAAUCGCGGAACAUUUUUUGCUCGAGCAAAAACGAAAAUGCAUUGGAUUGAUGACGGAGUAUCGAAACAUCACGUCGCGAGAUGCGUAUUGCCCGCCGCACUUCGACGGAGUGCUUUGCUGGUCGUACGCCAAGGCCUCCAGCGUUGCCACUUUACCCUGUCCACCCAACACUGGCUCACCGCUAAACCAAUUAGAUGCCAGCUCCGCUCUAAACGCACCUGUCGCGACAACAGUGGCGACGAAAGCUUGCCUUUCGAACGGCCGGUGGUACGUGAAUUCUGAAAAUAUUUGGCAGAGCAAUUACAGCCUGUGCGAAUUGUCCGACGAGUUCACCGAUCGUCGUUACCUCGUCGAUUUAGGACUCGGGAUAUUUCGAUCACGGGAUUACAAAAACAUCGAAUCUUUGUUAAACAGAUGGUUGCCUAUCGUCAGGAUCGUGUCCCAAAUUGGAUAUUCCACGUCCUUCGCCAUGUUGAUCGUAGCGAUGAUCGUUUUCUCGUUGCUCAGAAAACUGAGAAACCCAAGGAACAAAUUGCACAUGCACUUGUUCGCCUCGUUCAUAAUGAGAGCGUUUAUGACACUGGUCAGAGAUUGGAUCUUCGUCGAUGGUAUCAGCCGAACCGUGGACGUGAUCUACGUCGAGAAUUAUGCUUUUAUCAAGCAACGAAACUUACAGAUGAUAAUCUGCAAGGUGGUCACGAGCGGGUGGCAAUACUUCAUCGUGGCCAAUUACUCUUGGAUCCUGAUGGAGGGUCUCUACUUGCACAAUUUGAUCGUUUGGGCGUUCUGCGCGGACAGCGAAGCGAUCAAUUUGUACGUCUUGAUGGGAUGGGGAUUACCCGUUUUCGUGGUUCUACCUUGGAUAAUAAUUCGCGCCAUUGUCGAGGACACGCUUUGCUGGACCACUCACGGCAAUCCUUCCCUGUUUCUCCUUAUAAGGAUUCCCAUCAUGAUAUCGAAUUUGUUCAACUUCCUACUGUUCCUCAACAUAGUGCGCGUCCUGUUCGUUAAAUUCAAAACGUCCGUGCAUCUGCAACGAAAGAAAAUGCAAUACAGUAGGUGGGCCAAAUCUACCCUGGUACUGGUCCCGCUAUUUGGCGCUCAUUACACUCUAUUCCUGGCCUUUUCGUAUCAUAAUGAUAAACGCGUGGAACUCGUUUGGCUCUUCUUCGAUCAGUUAUUCGUCUCUUUUCAAGGUUCUUUCGUUGCUUUGCUUUAUUGUUUGUUGAACGUCGAGGUGAGAACGGAAAUUAAACGAGCGUGGAGAACAAGAUGGUCGAGGAAUGCGAAUAUUUUCGUGUCCACGUGUCGGGAGUCAAGAAGGAGGAAAGCUAUUCGUCGCUACAGAAAAUCGAACGAUUACGAUCAUCUCACCAGUACCACUUUGAGAACUGCGUUGCAAUCUGAUAGAAGAUCGAAUGAUUUUUGGCCAAAUGCCUUAGAAAUGGAGACAGGAUAGAAAGAAUUUUAAGAAAGAACGGUUUUAUAUGUGAUAGAUAAUUACGUAGUUUUCUUUUUUUUUUUUUUCUAGAGAAACUUCAAUUUUAACAUCGU